CCUCCUCUCCUGUAUAGUGAUCGCACGCGCUCACAGACACUCAGAUGCGCGCGUGUCUCGCGGCGGUGAGGAUGCGCGCGCUCUGCGCGGUUUGUUUUCUGCUGCUCGCGCUCUGGGAGAGCGCGGACCGCCUGGGCUUCACAUCCGGGCAUUGCAGCGCGCAGCAGGUGCAGGUGCGCGCGCUCGACUCAUGGAAACUGGAGGCGCGCUGGAACACGAGCGGCGAGACUCAAACGCACGAGGUGCAGGUGGCACGCACGAGCCUCUUUGAAGUGCUGUUCCAGGGUAACGUGAGCUCAGGUGUGCUGGUCUGGAGGUCCUCGCUGCCGCUGGAGUGUACAUACCACUCAGUGCGCAUCAGACCCGUCUACAACUCCACCUUCAGCAGCACAUGGAGCGAGUGGGCUACUAACAAAGGUGAGCGGAACGUUUCUUCCGACAAAGCCCGACUGUUCCCCGAUGGGAAGCUUCUCCAAGAGCGAAGCCCCGCCUACUGCUGCUGUAUUCCACCAAUCAGAGCGCAGGUCACUCAGAUCCUAUUCAGGAAUAAACCGUACCCCCUGAUCACCAUCGACUCCAGCGUCCGGGCCAUCCUCGUGCCGGAGGUCACCGCCCCCAUGUCCAUGGUGAGCUUCAUCUGCAGGGACAGCACGGGGGCGGAGCAAAGCGUCCUGAACUACGUUACCUUUCCACCUGAGAGGCUGAAGAAUCUGAGCUGCUGGACGUCGGACCUGCAGAGCGUCAGGUGCUCGUGGACGGUCACACGGAGGCCAAACAUGAUUGGUCGACAGCGCCGGCAAUACGCCCUGCACAUCCAUGGUUCAGGUGAAGCUGAGGUCAGGUGUGAUGUGAACUUGUGUGUUUUCCCCGUCGUCCCGAACCGCAGUUUCUACAACAUCAGCGUCCGAGUGAACAACAGCCUCGGAGAGCAGAACCAGAGUUACGCUUUCAACAUCUCACACAGAGUAUUCCCGGUUCUGGAGGAUGUGUUGGUGCAGGCAGGUGUAACAGACGCUCUGGUAUCCUGGUUUUUGAAUGGGAAUUUCACCGGCCUGAAUUUUACCUGCCAAUUCACACUGGAUCCAGCAGGAACAACCACAGAGCUGGUGUUUGUUGUAAAUGAUCCUGAGCAGCGGGUGAGUGUGUGUUUGCAGCCGCUGCAGCCGAGCUGUCAGUACUCCACUAGUGGGCGCUGUGCUGUGCAGGGGAGCAGCUGGGGGCCGUGGAGCCCCGUCAGCAGGUUCAGCACAGAGCCGCUGGUAACGCUGGAUAUCUGGAUGAAGAUCAGACACCAGGCUAACGAGCGCAGCGUUACUGUCCUGUGGAAAAUCAGUGAAAGCGGGUUGGACUCGGUGGUGGAGGUGUUUGAGGUGUGUGUGGAGCAGGACGGGCCUCGCCGGAGAGUGUGUGUGAACGUGACGGAGCUGCAGGUGGAGUUAGCGGUGGGGUUGGGAGUGUGUAACGUGUCGGUGAGAGCGAUCACACUCAGAGGAUCUUCACUAUCAUCACUGAUCAGCGUUCCAGCCCUGCACUCAGAGCUCAUGCUGAAGGAGAAGAGGAUUGUGGGUAACUCUGAGGGCUUCCUGCUGUCCUGGUCCCCUUCGUCCUCGGUCACAUGUGGCUACACUGUGGAGUGGUGCCUGAUGGGUAAUGCGGUACCAUGUGAUCUGCAGUGGAGAAAGGUCUCGGCCAAUCAGACUUCAUUAUUCCUCGGCGCAGGUGGGUUCAGGAAGGGCCGCAGAUACACCUUUAAAAUCUACCGCUGUCAGACAGAGGGUCACCAAGUUCACGAGAAACACACCGGCUAUCUGGAGGAACAGAGGCCGGUGAGCGCCCCCGAGUUGUUGGAGUCUCUGAAUGCGCGCUGGUCAUCAGUAGCGCUGCAGUGGAGCUUUAAUGAGGACGACCCCGCCCACCCCGGGUUCAUCACUGGAUACAACCUCACCAUAUACACCCACACAAACCCAGCAGUUGAGUGUGUUUGGGUGGAGGAUCCUCACUGUAAGGUGGUGCGGGUGGAGGGUCUGCAAGAGGGGCAGGUUUACGGCGUCCGAUUGGCCGCCUGCACUCGGGCCGGCUGUGGGGCGGAGUCAGUCCACACCAUUAGAACCCUGCAGAACCAUUACCUCCUGCUGGUGAAAGUGGUGACCCCUCUCCUGAUUCUGAUUGGCUGUUGUGUUUGCCUGUGGCCCUGCAGGAAAACGCUGAAGGGAAUUGUGGAGGAUAUUUUCAGCUUCCCCUCUGAUCACAGUCUGAAGAUUCUGGAACUGAACGACAGUCUGUACGAGGUGAGUGAGAAGCUGCGUGUGCUGCAGGUGGAGGACUGCAGGUGGUGCAGUCUGGAGGUGGUGGAGGUGAGGAGCAGCGUGGAGGAGAAGGCGAGGCUGGUGUUUACAGGGGGCGACGCUGAGCCACCGGACCAGAGCGUCACCGCCGUCACCAACCUCACCUACCUGUCCGGCCUGCAGGUGGAGCUGCUGCCCCACUCACCUGAGACACCUCAACCCAGCGGCUACGUCAGAGUCGAGGACCCGGGGCUGAGCACCAGCGACUACGUCACCUCCGUUACCAUGGCAACGAUGUGAAUCAGCGUGGCGUCUGAUCAUCGGUGAAGUUCAGAGAAAAUUGAACAUCAGUGUUAGAUUAUUAUACUGUGAAAAUAACAGACUGGGAUUAAACUGUGAUCAUAAAUAAACUAGAUUACGAUUAGUUCUAGUAAUAAAAUACAGAUGACAGUG